AUGAGAAGCGAACUCGAGGCCUCUGAGACUGAACGCGAUACCACCGUCUUAAAAGAGACUCUUGAUACAGAGGACGUAUGGGCUUGCGAGAAUGACUCGGCAUCCUGUCAAGAUGACUCGUCGCAGUGGUCCGAGACGCUGCGGGCAAGCUCAUCGUCGCCGAGUGUCUUGUCCGAGGAAUCCUCCAACUUGGCAGUAGAAAUACCAGACUUUCAAUUGUCCUCGCCUCGCUCCUGCUACGAGCCGUUUCACCCACCUGCUCCCCCAAAAUCUGAAGAAGAUGCCUUGGAGUGUUUCGGCCCGUCUGUACAACGUCAAUCUUCACCCUCUUCUGGCCAUUUCGAACUACAGCUGGAUGAAUUUGCAGUCUACUUGGACACGGAAAACUAUCCGUGUGAAAUGCGCUGCCUGCAUCACCUCUAUGCUAGACCCGGCUAUAGCAACUUCUUCUUCGACGGAAUUCUGAGCAACAAUGGGCAAGGCAAGACGUUUAUGAAACGAGUUCCCAUCAGCGCGGUUCCAGUAGGACAAUACGGCCUGCAGUAUCAUAAUGUGGGCAAUCAGAUCUGGCUACAGUCUACGUAUUGCGACCAGAGUGACAUCUUCUAUAAACUCUGCCUGCCUGCAAGGGAGUAUCGCCGCUUCUUCAAGGCAUUCCUAUGGGUCGCCAACCUUGCCAAGCAUUUCGUCGACUUUCUAGUCUUUAUGGAAGAAAAGGGGACAAGAGUGACGAUACGGCACUUCCAGAGCGCGUUUGGAGACUGGCUUCUUGUAGUCCAUGGGGAUGCUCCUGACUUGAUGGACUGGCUGGCACAGCAUGCAUCGAGCGACUUUCGCACUUCCGUAAAUGCAAACAUUUCUUUUCUUUACAAGGAAUACAGGGGAAUAAUUACAGACAGAGAGUACGGCUAUCAUGACAUCUGGGCGGAGAUAUGGGAUUUCACCAAGUACCCGGACCUCUCGACAGGAACUGCACAGGAGCCGACCAUCGUCACCGACUACGUCUAUCACCGAUUUUCUGACUUGCCGUUUGGAAACCGACUGCACAACUUCCCAUUAAGCAGGAGGGCAUCGGAGUUGAGAGAGCGUGCUAGCUUGAAGCAUGGGCUUGAGCUGGCCUGCACAUCACACGGCCCAGCUACCAGUUCGUUUGUUAACGAGACAGGGGGAGAUAUCUCUGAUAUCACCCGUGCCAUCAAACCCGGCGACACAAUAUCCACGAGAAGAGACGGUGAGGUAUCGAGGUCCAUGCGGAGACGUGAGCUCUCCAAUGACUUCGCGGGCGUCGACCGGCGGUUUGCCCUAGUCCAGAAGGUUUGUGAACGCAGCGACGGUGGCAGAUACUUUGAAGUGCUGUGGUACUACCGCCCUUCUGACACUCUUUGUGGCCUAAUGAAAUACCCGUGGAGAAAUGAGCUGUUCCUCUCUGAUCACUGUUCGUGUGCAGAGGAAAACAAGAUCCAGGACUGUGAGGCCCUGCGCGUGCAUAGUGUUCAGUUUAGAGGAGACUCGACAACAACGUCGGAAUUCUUUUGUCGACAAAGAUAUCUCAGCAAGGAGAAGAAAUGGAUAGCUCUGGAUGACUCGGAUCUAAUGUGCUCACACUUGAAUCCUCGGCUUCAGGAUUCUACCUCUGGCAAAUACCGGCCAGGAGACACGUUUCUUAUCCAUGUGAAUGUGGCCAGCUCGACUUCCGAAGCAUGUGAACUCAUCAGUGUAAACACACGGGGCGCGGGAACUCGCCUCUGCUUCCGAAAACUGCUUCGGCGAAGCAAUGUGGACAGCAUGGCUGUUACUUCUGCCCGUAAUGAACUAGUGUAUAGCAAUGAGUCGAUCGAAUGCGACCCGAGCGGUAUCGUCGGAAAAUGCCAUGUCCGGUUCUUUGCCCACGAUGAAAAUAUCCCAGCGCCAUAUAAUCGAGCCGGAGUCGGCGGCUACUUUUACAUCACGCAUCGAGUAUCGCCCGCCGGGUUGUGCGUUCCGUUACGCAGCGUCCCGUCGUCACUACGCCAGGGAUUUGAUCCCGCUGUUGUCAUCUCCGAGCUUCGAGGAUUGGACCUCUUCUGCGGCGGCGGAAACUUUGGCAGGGGCCUCGAAGAAGGGGGCGCCGUUCGCAUGAGCUGGGCCAACGACUGUAAUGCCCGGGCAAUUCACACCUACAUGGCCAACUGCAGCCAUCCCAACCUCAUGAGCCCGUUCCUCGGGUCCAUCGACGACUUUCAAAGGGAGGCAUUUAGCGGCAACUUUUCCAAGUCGGUGCCUACCAUAGGCAGCGUCGACUUCAUCUCCGGAGGCAGUCCAUGUCCCGGCUUCUCUACUCUCACAAACGACAGGACGACAGACGAACAGCGCAAAAACCAGUCUCUCGUGGCAGCCUUCGCCUCAUGCGUUGACCUCUAUCGGCCCAAGUACGGACUUCUGGAAAACGUGCCUGGCAUUCUCCCAAGUAAAGCAAACAGAGAACAAGAUGUCCUUGGCCAGUUUAUGUGCGCAAUUGUUGGUAUAGGAUACCAAGCCCAGGUGUUUUACCUCGACGCCUCGUCGUGCGGAUCGGCGCAGAGACGUUCACGCGUCUUCAUAAGCUUCGCGGCACCAAACUGUAAGUUGCCUGGUAAGCCUCAGCAAACUCACUCGCACCCGUCGGAGACCAGGUAUACAAGCCUUGGCAAACUUCCCACGCGCCGCCACGUGUUGGCAGAGCGUGACUUUCUACGAGCAACUCCAUUCUCGUAUUCUGUAGCUAGGCAGGUUUCGUCUGGCCUUCCCAAGAUAUACAAUGGUCAGACAGAUACCUGCAUCCCCUUCCCUGACCACCGCUUGGCUCGUGGGCUCACCAAGGGCUUGAAGGCGCGAAUAUCGCUGAUCCCAAACCGGCCGUGGGGAAUGAAUUUACGCAGCGCGUCUCGCGGGAUCCUCACGCCAGCGGAGAGAGGAGUGUUUGUAACAAUUAACAGGAAGACAUCAAGGCCUAAUACUGAACCUCAUAAACUGGACCGGCAGUCUUCCGCAUAUGGACGGCUAUACCCCAAUCAACUUAUUGGGGCCAUUACAACAGUGCAGGUCCCCAACGACCGCAAGCAUGGUCGCCAGUUGCACUGGGAUGAGAAUCGAGGCCUCUCCGUCAUGGAGGCCCGUCGCGCCCAGGGCUUCCUGGAUGGUGAAGUCAUCCUGGGCACCCCUGCAGAACAAUACAAGAUUGUGGGCAACAGCGUUGCGCGAGAGGUGGCCCUGGCUCUAGGGUUGUCGAUUCGCGAGGCAUGGGCAGAGUCUUGUGCCGAUGAUCAGGAUACGGAGGCGGCCAAGCCUCUGUCCAGCUCCCUUGGAACAGGUGCGCUUGGAGGGAAUGCAGAUCAUGGUCCUCGUCAUACCUCGGCGGCGGAGGCUUCAAUUCGGACUCGCGUGAUUCCGCAGAAGCGAAGACGACGUGCGACUUCGAGAAUGGUAGUUGUAACAGGGCGUGCAAAGGAAAAGUGCCCACCCGAGUGCAUAGAUGCAAGAUGA